AUGCUUUAUCUGUUUUUUUUUUCUUUUUUUAAUAUUUUGUUAAUAUUUCUGAAAGUCUCUGUUUCUUUUCUUGUUGAUGAUAAUAAUAUUAAUGGUUUGAUUCUUUUUUUUUCUUUUUUCUUUUUGUUUUCUUUUGGAAAAUUUUCCUUAUCUAUAUAUAUAUAUGGGGAUUCUGUUUCUGUCGACAAACAGCGAAAUAAACAAAGAAACAUACAGAUUAGCGAAUUAAAAAAAAAAAAAAAAACUCUGGAAAUGUCUACACCCGUUCAACAAUCCAUGGCGCGUCUCCGCACAAAAAUGUUAUUCGCCGCGAAAUUAUUCCCCGAUUACAACUUCCGCAGUUAUUUUGUACGGCACGUCCGCGAACAAUUCGCGGCAAUGGAGCGGUGGAGUGUGGAGGAACAACAGCAAUUCCUUAGAAAAGAGGGAAGUAAACAAUUAAAUGAAAUGCGACGAAUGGCGAUUACAAACCGCAUGUAUGCAUCUCAGCCGGUCUUUUUAGACAAGCGUGGAACUCAUCAUCUCGCACAGGCCGAAAAGAAGUAA